GAAAUUGGUACAGAAUUUCGAAAACAACAUGGAACAUCUACUCUUAAUGCUAGUUCUGGGCUCGAUCCUGACAGCUCAGCGAAGCUUUGUUGACACUGCUCCACUCUCCCAAGAAAUACCGAAAAACGAAGACAGAGCGUCUGAGGAGUUUCAGGAUGGCAGCGUUCAAGAACUUGAAAAUUUGAAGAAAUCCAUAGUGAAACUGGGAAAAACAUUGGACCUAAUGAAAUCUCAAGCUACCGUCUACACAGAUGUUAAUGGAGAUAGGCAGUCACAAUCUGAGAUAAAGGAGGAAGUGAAAGCAGACGGAGAAAUAUUGGGAAAAAUGAAUCAACAUAUAGAAAGGACCUUCGAGAAAGGCAAACCCAACACCAAAGUCAAAACGGAAAUAGAAAUACCGUCGCAGGGUGUUCACCAGACGCUAAUACAACCCGCCCCUGACGAAAUGACGAACAACGGGAAUAGAAGAUCACCAAUCAAUCUGAAUAUUCCGACAGACAGCGAAGGAAAUUCGAUUGAAAGGUCGGAUAGCGCGUCCGGAGUUCAAUAUUCAGCUCUCGACAUUGCGGAGUAUGUCUUCUGGACGGGAGAUGAAAAAGGCGUCACUUCGGCUAUUGAGGAGUUCCUACAAGCAGGUUUGAUGUCCCGUGAAGAGGCCAUCGGCUUUCUCCAGGAAAUCAAAUACAACUUAGAUAAUCUGAAAAGCCAUUAUACCCAACUGGGGUUGAAUUCUCUCCAGCAGCCUAAGGUUCAGGAGAUUUUACCAAAACAACAGGAUAUCAAUGAAAAAACUGAAUAUUCCGAGAAACCUGAACUCAGGAGCAAUUUCAAUAUUAACCAACUUCGUCAGAAGGCAGACAAGAAAAGGAUUGUUGAAGACACACAUUCUCUAACAGUGGAUAAAAAUAUAGGUAACGACAAAGUUAUCGAAGAUGAUUACGACGAGCUACUGGAGCGGUUACGGUUAGCAGACUUUCUUUACACAGAGUACUCAUUAGAAGAAGUUAUUUAUCAGCUGGCCAAAGUGAUGUUCACACAAAGCUUAACACGGGGCAGUGCAGAGGCUCAAGAAGCUCUUCAGAAGUUCACUAACUUCUUGGAACUCGAAGCGGCUCAGGGCCAUAUUUCGCGAGCACUUGAGAAAAAAGUUCUUGAUGUGCUGAUAGCUUCGUUAUCUGAUACUUUAACGGAACAUCCGGAACUACUGGCUGCAGCAAGGCAAAGCAUGGGACCAACAGCUUCUAACGCGCAAGGUCAAAAUUUUAUCAGAAAAAUUUUGAACUCGAACCUAGAUGAACCAUCAACCUCACGAGAUACUUAUCCCUUCAAAGAUCAAAACAAAUUAAAGCAAUUUCCCGAACUAAUGAAAAAGAACAAGAAUCUCACGAAUUAUCUUCCGUUUGAUUUCUCAAAAUACAAAUUGUAAAUGUAAAGAUUAUAUCAUAAAAAAUGAAAUAUACAGUAUAUUGAAAUAUUAA